CACUACUGAAUCCAUAUUUAUCUCUGUGGUCCAGAAUAAGCUGCAGAAAAUGGCUCUGAAUAUACCUGGCUUGGUAGCUUUGAUUGUGUUUUAUGCAAUAACUUUUGCCAUUGGAAUUUGGGCUUCUUGGAAAAGCAAAAAGGACCAGAAGAAAGGGAAACCAAGUGAGAUGAUCAUAGUGGGAGGCAGGAACAUGAAUUUUUUCAUUGGAUUAUUCACUGCAACUGCAACAUGGGUCGGAGGAGCAUAUAUCAAUGGUACAGCUGAAACUGUCUAUCUUCCCACAAGAGGACUAGUGUGGGUCCAGGCACCAAUAGGAUUUGCUUUGUCCCUUGUUAUUGGUGGCCUCUUCUUUGUAAAUCCAAUGAGAUCCAAAAAUUAUGUGACAAUGAUGGAUCCUCUCCAAGAAACAUACGGGAACAUGAUUGGAAGCCUUCUCUUUAUUCCACCAUUAAUAGGAGAUAUAUUCUGGUUUGCAGCUAUUCUUGCUUCAUUAGGAGCAACAAUGAAGGUCAUUUUGGAUAUCGAAGGCUAUUUGGCCAUCAUCAUAUCGGCAUGCACUGUUAUACUCUACACUUUACUGGGAGGGCUGUACUCAGUUGCAUACACAGAUGUGAUACAGCUGAUUUUUAUUAUGCUCAGCCUGUGGAUCUGUGUCCCAUUUGCCCUGCUCAACUCUGCAACAGAAAACAUUUAUUACACUGCUGUUCAGGAAUCCUACCAAGCCCCUUGGAUUGGGCAAGUACAAACAGAAUAUCUUGGAAGGUGGCUGGAUGACUUCUUAUAUCUGGUUCUUGGUAGUGUCCCGUGGCAAACUUAUUUCCAACGAGUUCUCUCAGCCUCCUCACCAAGACAAGCAAGGCUCAUUUCCUAUCUCUCUGGAUUGGGGAGCUUUUUAAUGGCCAUCCCCUCCGUGCUCAUAGGGGCCGUAGCAGCAUCCACAGACUGGAACCAGACGAGCUAUGGUCUUCCAACACCAGUGGAGAGAGGAGAGUCAGCCAUGAUACUGCCAUUAGUGCUGCAUUAUCUCUGUCCAACCUACAUUUCCAUUGGCGGCUUGGGAGCUAUCGCUGCUGCCGUCAUGUCUUCUGCAGAUUCAGCCCUUCUUUCUGCCAGCUCUAUGUUUGCACACAAUAUCUACAGAAAAAUUCUUAGGAAACAGGCUACGGAGAAAGAAGUUGUCUGUAUAAUGAGGGUCUCCAUGGUGGUUUUUGGGACAGCUGCUGCAGGCCUGGCUUUCCUUUCUAACUCUGUUUAUGAUCUGUGGUUCCUGAGUGGCGAGCUGGUGUACGCUCUUCUCUUUCCCCAGCUCUUCUGCGUCCUCUUCAUUCCCAACACCAACACAUAUGGCUCAGCUGCUGGAUUCCUCUUCGGGUUCCUGUUAAGGCUGCUGGCAGGGGAGCCUUCCCUGAAAAUCCCCCCUGUAAUCCACUACCCAGGCUGCUCCCUUGUGGAUGGGGUCUACAUUCAGCUGUUCCCUUUUAAAACCUUCACCAUGCUUCUCACUUUGGGGACUAUCGUCACUGUUUCAUACCUGGUGGCGUUUUUGUUUAAGAGAAACAUCCUCCCUCGCAGAUGGGAUGUUUGCAGUGUAAUAGAAGAUAUAGUGCAUUCACCCACCCGCCCUGCUAUGCUACUAGAGAAUCAUGAUUAAAUGCAGGGCAUCACUGAGCAUUCUGCAGUUAAGUUACCAGCUCGAUGACAUUUAUUUUCCAGUCUUCUCUCACCAAUUGUGAAUUAUUUGGUAGAUUCAUAAAGAGAACAAGAAUUCCAUUUGCACUAUGAAAAGGAAUGAAGUCAGAAUAUGCAAUGAUUUAAGGGCCUCUGAUGAAGGAACCUGAUCCUGCAGUGGUUAGAAUUGUUAAUAUAAUGAAAUAACUCAAUGCUUCUGUGUGUUCUUGGUACCAGGAGCUCGAAUUACAUUACCUUCUUUUUGGGUAAUAUGUCUGUAUCUAUGUACAGCAACUGAGAUUUACAAAGCAACUGAGAGGGUUACAAAGUGAGUUGCCACAGAUGUGAACUUCGUACAUGACACCUCCACAUCGCACAACAAAGGGGACUGACUGAUGCUUUAAUAAAUUUUAUUCAUAAGACACACACAGGCUGAUCCUGCUCCCAUUGCAGCAAAUGGGAGUUUUACUACAGACUUCAAUGGGGAUAGCAUCAGGCCUAUGAAAGUAUAUAGACAAGUAUGUUACAUUUUGAAUUUGAUAUAGUCCCCGGUGAAAUGGCAAAGCCAUCUGUUAAGGGACAGAUCAGAUGUGGAAAAAAAUAAGUCACCCACUACUUUUACAAUGCAUAAAUUAUACAUUGGACCAACCAGGCUAUUGAAAUCAAUACUUUACAUUAGCUAUACUGAAUUUUACAGAGGUAUGGCCUAGUCACAGUUUAGACAGAAGUCUGGGAGCCAGAAAUUCCUGAGUUCUAUAUAUACAUUUGCCAAUGACUCCCUCUUGUGGUCUUGGUGAAGUCAUUUAAACUAUGCUCCCCGGUUUUAUUAUCUGCAAAAUGGGGAUAAUGGCCCCAAUUCAGAAUCUCACUUAAUCAUAUGCUUACCUGUAAGCAACUGAGCAAACGUAUCUCUGUUUAACAAAGCACUUAAGCACAUGCUUAAAGUUAAACAUGUGAGCAGUCCCUUUGACUUCAGAUUUUGAACAUGCUGAAGUGCUUUGCUGAACGAGGAACGACAAUACUUCUCUAUAUCACAUGAGGCAGUGAUGAUUAAUUAGCUAAGGUUUGUAAAGAGGUUUGAAGAUGAAAAGUUUUAAGUAAGGAUCCACCCACUCCAGCUUUCACUGAAGUCAUUCAAAACGUCCAGUGAUUUGAGUGUGAGCAAGAUUGUGUUUGUACACUGAUUUGAACAUAGAAGACACUAUACGUGGAUACUUACCAUUAAAUCUCAGUUGCUGUACAUAGAUACAGACAUAUUACCCAAAAAGAAGGUAAUGUAAUUGACACAAACAAUCUCAAUCCUUAGCCUUACUGCUGAGCCUGCUAACCAUGCGGGUGGCUAACAUGGACAGUGGUCAACUAGGAUCUUUAUUUAGACCAACUCUUUGUGUAUAGAUUCUCUGAACAUCAGUCAGAUAAGGAUUCUUCAUCAUUACUAAGGCCCUACCAAAUUCAGGUCCAUUUUGGUCAAUUUCAAAGCCAAAGGACUUUUAAAAAUAGUAAAUGUCAUGAUUUCAGCUAUUUAAAUCUGAAAUUUCAUGGUGGUGUAAUUGUAGGGGUCCUGAACAAAAAAGGAAUCGUGGGAGGGUCACAAGGUUAUUGUAGGGGGUUUGAGGUACUGCUACCCUAACUUCUGUACUGCUGCUGCUGGUGGUGGCUGCCUUCAGUGCUGGGCAGCUGGAGAGUGGCAGCUGCUGGCCGGGAGCCCAGAUCUGAAGGCAAAGACACCGCCAGCAGCAGCGCAGAAGUAAGGAUGGCCUGGUAUGGUAUUGCCACCCUUAUGUCUGUGCUGCUACCUGAAGACCUGGGCCCUCAGUCAGCAGCCACCACCCUCCAGCCGCCCGGCUCUGA